AUGAAUGAAACAGAAUUUUUACAAAAAGCAAUUGAUAAUGCGAGAAAUUUUCAAAAUUUUCCCGAUGUUCUCAUGGCAGUUAGUCUUCAUCCGGAAUGGUUAACUAUGAUUCCGGAAGAUCGAAAAUGGGCAAUUUUACAUCAAAUUAUACUCUCUGGUAAUGUUAAUCACUUGGAUCAAUUACUUGCUUUACAAAAAUCUAAUAAAAAUUUUCGUUUAUUAACUAAUACACGUGAUAAUUACACUAUAUUAGAUAUAACUGCGCUUCGUGCAGAUACACCAGAUAUGAAAAACCGUAUUCAACAAUUAAUUAAACUUGAUGAAAUGCUUAAUUAUGCUAAAGAUUGUGAAUGGGAUAAAUGUUAUGAAAUAAUUAAAGAAAAUCCAAGUUUUGUUAAUGAAAAACCACCAUAUCGUCGUUAUUAUUUAAUUCAUCAUAUGGCAUGUGCAAAUGCUAUUGAACAAUUUGAACGUUUUAAAGAAAUUAAAAAUUGUAUAUUUAAUUUAAAUUUACGAGCUGAUAGAAAAAAAAUUAAUAUUAUUGCUCGAGAAGAAAAGCAACCAAAAUUUGCUGAUUAUAUUGAAAAAUCUUAUCCAAGUUUAUUAGAUAAAGAUGAUUCUACUUUUAAUGAUUUAUAUAAAGCAUCAGAAGAAGCUAAAAAACGUACGGAUACUAUAAAUGCUGUGAUGGAACAAAAAAAUAUAGUCAAAGAUUUAGAUAAUGAUCUUAUGGGUGAACCAAUUAAAAUGAAGAAUCGUGCUGAAGUAAUGCUACAUAUGAAUGAAAUACGAACUCAACAAGAAAAUGAACUAAAAAACAAAAGUAAUCAAGCUUCGAAAACUGAAAAAGACAUAGAUCCAGAAAUGUUGAUUGAUAACCUUACGUGUCCUCUUACACUUACUGUAUUUAUUGAUCCAGUGAUUGCUGCUGAUGGAUUUACCUAUGAACGUUCAGCAAUUACAACUUGGCUUAAAAAUAAUGAUCGUUCACCAAUGACAAAUCAAAAACUUCCUAAUAAAGAUCUUAAUCCAAAUACAGUGAUUAAACAAAUUAUUAAUGCUCUUAAUCUUAAAUCUUAA